GUAAAAAACCAAACCAAACCUGAAAACCCAUCAUAGAAAACUACGAAGAAAACAAAGUCAAAUAGAAAUUCAAAAAAAAAUCAAACACCAAUUCUUUGAUUCUUUUCUUUCCCAGAAAGUUAGUUUCUUUAUUGUUUCAUUUCUUCGAUACAGUUUUGUUUUCGAGUAUUAUACUGGUUUUUCAAGAUUGGAACUUUGAAGAUUUUUGGGUUUGUUUUCCCGGCUGAUACAUAUUUGUUUUACCUAAGAUAAACAAGUUUGAGUUCUAAGAAGAGGGUUGUAAAGCUGCCUUUAAUUGUUUACAACAGAGCCUAGCCAAUCACUUUCUGUCUUGCUAGUAGAACAACUGAUGCUAAACGUGUAGGUAUGGAAUCGCACCAGUAUUUUGGAUACGGUGUCACUGGUGCGGGCCUAUCCUACUCAUCUUCUUAUCCGUCUGUUCCUUCUAUACCUAAUAGGUUGUUUGGCUCAUUGAAAUUUGAUAUAGGAAAUUCACCCAGCUCACCCUUCUAUACUCAAUUUGAGUGUGAUACAUACACUGCUACAUUAAGUGACAGUCAGGAGUGCUACAGCUCCACAGAUAAUCUCUCAGGUGUUAGUCCUUCUCGUAACUCUUCUCUUGAAUCCAACAGUUAUUUUAAUAGGCCAAGCCCUUCUGUGGACUGUAGACUAGAAAGUCUACAGCUCUUUUCUGGUGGCACUUCGUCGUUGCAAGAUGCAAGUUCUAGCCAGAACAUAAAACACGCGUUGCAGGAAUUGGAGACUGCUCUUAUGGGGCCAGAUGAUGACGAAGAUCUGAACACGUCAAAUGCUUCUCUGGGGGAAAGUAGCAGGCCACAGACAUCAGAUCAGAAACCUAGGGCCUGGCGCCAGGGUUCUCAUGUUAUUCAGAAUCAGACAUCUUUUGUUUCAAGGCAGAGGCAGUUGGGUGAAGGUGCUCAUGUCGAGAAACGCCAAAAGUCAAUGGAAGAAGUGCCUUUGCAUGGUAUUCCACCUGGGGAUCUGAAGCAGCUGUUGAUUGCAUGCGCUAAAGCUCUUGCCGAAAACAACGUGAGUGCUUUUGAUAAGUUGACUGAGAAUGCCAGAAGUGUGGUGUCAAUCAGUGGGGAACCAAUCCAGCGUCUUGGUGCAUACUUGAUUGAGGGAUUGGUAGCAAGGAAGGAGUCAUCAGGUGCUAAUAUUUAUCGUACCCUUAAGUGCAGGGAGCCUGAAGGCAAGGACUUGCUGUCUUACAUGCACAUCUUGUACGAAAUCUGUCCAUACCUGAAGUUUGGUUACAUGGCAGCCAAUGGAGCCAUUGCUGAAGCAUGCAGAAAUGAGGACCGCAUCCAUAUAAUAGACUUCCAAAUUGCUCAGGGAACACAGUGGAUGACUCUCCUUCAAGCUCUUGCAGCCAGACCAGGUGGUGCUCCACAUGUGCGUAUUACAGGUAUUGACGAUCCUGUUUCUAAAUAUGCCCGUGGGGGUGGAUUAGAGGCAGUUGCGGGACGGUUGAGUGCAAUUUCUGAGAAAUUUAAUAUCCCUGUAGAGUUUCAUGGGGUACCAGUUUUUGCUCCAGACGUGACAAAGGAAAUGCUUGACGUUAGGCCUGGAGAGGCUCUAGCUGUAAACUUUCCCUUGCAGCUCCACCACACUCCUGAUGAAAGUGUUGAUGUGAACAACCCAAGAGAUGGGCUGCUUCGUAUGAUCAAAUCAUUCAAUCCCAAGGUAGUCACUUUGGUGGAGCAAGAAUCAAAUACAAACACAACCCCUUUCGUCACUCGGUUUGUAGAAACUCUAAACUAUUACUUGGCAAUGUUUGAAUCCAUUGAUGUGACGCUGCCAAGGGAUCGAAAGGAGCGUAUUAGUGUGGAGCAGCAUUGUCUAGCCAGGGAUAUGGUAAAUGUCAUUGCAUGUGAGGGGAAGGAGAGGGUGGAGCGCCACGAGCUCUUUCGCAAGUGGAAGUCUAGAUUCAUGAUGGCAGGUUUCCAGCAAUACCCUUUGAGUACUUAUGUGAACUCUGUGAUAAAGAGCCUGCUGAGGACUUACUCAGAGCACUAUACAUUGGUGGAAAAGGAUGGAGCUAUGCUGUUGGGAUGGAAAGAUAGGAAUUUGAUAUCUGCUUCUGCCUGGUAUUGAUAUCGGAGGAGAUGAAGGUUGGAUUUACUAUAUAGCUGUAUUAACUACGUGUACUUUUCAUAGGUGGGAAUGGUGCGUGCCCCUUUUUAGGAGAGUUGUAAAACUGUAAGGUCAUCAGCAGAUAGGUUUUUGUAAUAUUUGUAUGUCAUAGUCAAUGUAAUUCUAUUGCAUACUUCAAAAUUGAAUAACAUUCUCUUCCUAUAUAGAGCUGACACUAUACCAAUGUUCU